AUUCGCGAUAACUACUCUGUUCUUGUCAGAAAGUAUCGCAAAAAGUAUUGAGGUCGCGAUACUACUCAGUACUCAACAGUACUCGAUAUUUUGUACUCGUAUCGUUCUAUUACUAAUCCUGUAUAGUAGUUAUUAACCAAAACCCACAGUGUAUAUCCCAAAAUCUCUUGUCAAUCAUUGCUUAAUAGUAUCAGACAGUUUCCAAAGCAAACAAAUUUAUAUGAAUGGCGAAUAAUUUUAAACGGCAAUGACCGAAAUCGAGAAUGAUGUUUGGAAACUUUGGUGUCGCCUCUGUGCUAAGGAGGAUGCAAGAAAUAUCAACGUUUUCCCAGAAACGAAUGGGGCAGCGGUAGAUAAAAACUGCAGUUAUAGCAACAUUGUUAAUUUUAUUGAGGUGUUUUUUCGGGUUCAAAUUGAAGAGGACCAAGAUCCACCCCAUUGGCUCUGUAUGGAAUGUUUUUCCUUAGUUUCGAACUUAAUUUACUUCGCCGAUCGUGUUCAAAGGGUGCAAAAUAUGUUCAAAGACAUAAGAAAUAUAAGCUACAAUCAAAUACUAAACUUCCCAGAAAUCCGCGAAAAAUAUAACUUACUCGGCGAUGAGCUAUUAAUGUUCCAGUCUUUGGAUGCAAAACCUACAGUUGAAAACAUAUUUGUUACCCCCGAAAUAAUGGUACAAAAAGCAUGGGAUAAUGUUAUGAAUAAUGAAGUAAUAUCGGAUGAAGUGCAAAGUGGCGUACUUUUGGAUGAGGUCGAAUACAAAAGCGAGUUCGAAGAUCCUAUUGGUGAAUUGAUUGAAAGUGUUGGUACGGAUAUAGAGGAUCAUGAUUGCAGUAAUAACAGCAGGGGAAAUAAAACCGUAGACAAAGUCGAAGCGAAGAUCAACAAGCGAUUCUCAGUAAAAUAUGGAUUAAAAAAGCAUGAUAGAAAAGUGAAAACGAGGUUGUGCAAAUCCGAGGCGGAAUCGGCGAAGCACAAAUACUUCUGCAACGACUGCUCAUUGCAUUUUCAUCGAAUUGGAAAUUACAAAGCUCAUAUGAGAAAAAAACAUGAAAUGGUCGAUGAAUUGGUGCCAUUAACAUGCCCCCAAUGUCCGAGGACUUUCAAAACCAGUUGGAAACUUGCCCGCCACAUCAAGACUCAUCGACCACUUUCCGAAAAGCGUAUCUUUCCAUGCCCGCAAUGUGAUCGAAAGUUCGGAACAAAGGAUUAUGUAUCCAGACAUAUUCAAUUUGUACAUGAGGAUAUACGCCCAUUUAUUUGUGAGGAAUGUGGAGAAGCUACACGCACGGAAGCAACUCUACGAGAGCAUAUGCUAAUCCACACCGACAUUACGCCUUUUGAAUGUGAAAUAUGCAAAAAGGCUUUUAAAAAUCAGUCGCGUCUGAAGAAUCACAUGGAUAUACAUAGUUCCAAUAAACACGUCUGCAGUGAAUGCGGCUUACAACUGAACUCACGGGUAACUUUAAAUCGUCAUAUGCUCGUACAUUCAGAUAUCAUGCGCCACAAGUGCGACUAUUGUGGUCGGGCAUUCAAACGAGCAAAAACACUGAAAAAUCAUUUAAUACUCCAUAGUGGCCUGAAACCGUAUUCUUGUGACUUUUGUGAUAAAACAUUUGCUAAUGGGCCCAAUUGCCGUACUCACAAGAGGAAAUCACAUCCGGAGGAACUAGCGGUAUUAGAGGCUUCAGGAGAGAAAGCUUACACGAAAAAUAUACCUAAAUUAUCCGUUUUGAAAACAGUAACGAAAUCAGCGGAAAAUUUGAUUCCUGUUGUCUCUAAACAAAGCGGUAAUUUUUCAUUAGGAAGGAAACCAAAUCGCCCAUCUGAUUUUAAUGUAGGAACAAAUCAAUCAACCGCGACUAAAGCUAACUAUUCUAUUAAAGAAACGCCAUCAAGUAACGAAACAUUGUUUAUUUUCAAUGAAUUCGCGCAUACUUUUAAAGUAAAACAAAAUAUGCAAGCAUUAAAUACUUCAGCAAACGAAGGAAGUUGUAACACCACAUCGCCACCUGAGGAUUGGCACUAUUGGUGCCGGCUUUGUGCGAAAAUGGAUAUUCACAGCCAAAACGUAUUUUUUUGUUAUGAACCUCUUACCCUAGAAAAAACGGAUGCUAAAGACUCUACAAUGGUCAAAACGAUCGGAAAACAUUUUUGCGUGCAAAUUAAAUACGAUGACGACCUUCCAAAAUCGUUAUGCACAGGAUGUGUUUCAUUGUUGUCAACUCUCACAAAUUUCGAAGAACAUGUUGCCAAAGUACAAAAAAUGUAUACUGCCUUGCAAACUGGUUACUACGGUAAAGAUAUAGACUCCCAUUCCGUUAGAAUGAAGUAUGACAUUUUGAGAAAAGACGGGGCAGAGUUGUUCAUAAGCCCAUACGAGGAAAAGUGCGUUAAUGAAAUAGCAGCAACUAACUUAGAAAUAGAAAUAAAAGAAGAAGACCCUAAUAACUGUGCCCAGGUCGAUGAAGUUACAUGUGCAUUUGAGGAUGUGGAAGCAGAAGCUGAAGCCGAAGAUCCAUUUGCCAGUGAUAUUGACAUUGAUCACGAUGAAAGGAAGAUAUUUUCUGCAAAACGAUGCAGCGAAGCCACUAAUACGCUAGAUAAUAAAAUUUCCCACAUAAAAUCGUCAAAAGAACAACGUAAGAAACUCAAAACAAGACUGAAAAACACUGAACAGGAAGGUUUACUUACAGAUGAUAAUAAACUAAAAUUAAUACAAAGCGAAAAAAACAGUCCCGGCAAUAAGUCCAAAGGAUGUCUUGAUGCAUCUAAGCGAGCGUCAAGUGAUGACAAAUAUUUUUGUAGCGACUGCUCACUGCAUUUUCAGCGUCCUGGUAACUAUCGUAUUCAUAUGAAGAAAAGACAUGGAAAGGCAUUAGAACCUUUGACUUGCCCCCAAUGUCCGAGAUCCUUCAGAACGAUAUCUGGGUUGAAUGUUCAUUUAAAAAAACAUGUACCAUUGUCUGAGAAGCGAAUAUUUCCAUGCCCGCAAUGUGAUAAAAAAUUUCCGACAAAAGAAUAUGUAGCCACACACAUAAAAUUUGUGCACGAGGAUUUUCGUCCAUUUAUAUGUGAAGAAUGUGGCGAAGCUAAACGUACGGAAGCUGCUCUAAAAGAGCACAGGCUUAUACAUACUGACCUCGCUCCUUUUGUUUGUGAAAUAUGUAAGAAAGGCUUUAAAAAUAAAUAUCGCUUAAAGAAACAUAUGGACAUUCAUAGUUCCAAUAAGCACAUUUGUAGUGAGUGUGGGCUCGAACUGAAUUCGCGUGUAACUUUAAAUCGACAUAUGCUCGUGCAUUCAGAUAUUAUGCGUCACAAGUGCGAUUAUUGCGGCCGAGCAUUUAAGCGAGCAAAAACACUGAAAAGUCAUUUAAUACUCCAUAGUGGUCUAAAGCCAUAUUCUUGUGACUUUUGUGAUAAAACCUUUGCUAAUGGAGCUAACUGUCGUACUCACAAAAAAAAAUCUCAUCCAGAGGAAUUAGCUGCAUUAGAGGCGUCAGGAGCAAAGAUAUAUACUAAGAAUAUACCUAGGUUGGCUGUGUUAAAGACAGUAACACAAACAGCAGAAAACCUUUUUCCUGUUGUCUCCAAACAGAGCGGUAAUUUUUCAAUGGGUAGAAAACCGAAGCCUCCAAUUGAUUGUAAUGUUGGCACAAGAGAUUUCCAUAUGCCCACGAAGGGAGAUACGUCUUCUGAGGUCGUACCAUUAAGCAGUCAAACAGUUUUUUAAAAACAAAAGUUCGGAGCCCGUUACUUGCAUAAAAAUAACGUAUCGUAAUUUUCGUAAUAAGAAAUUAGACAUUAGUAUUUUUUGUAAAGAUGUUUUUUUUUUUUAUUCUGUAUGCGUGUACAUACAUCGCACGUUUGCCGAAAGAUCGUCUUGAUAGGGAAAUUCCAAAAUGCGAGAAAAAGGCUUUAAAAUACCUAAAAUUGUCGAAAAGUGAUUGUUUUGACAAAUUUCAUUAUGAGACAAAAUUGACAGAUAACAUGAAAUUUCUUAACACAUAAAACAACAGCUAACCACCCUUUCAGCAAGCUUAACUCAGUUUUUUUUAUUCGGAUUGUGACGUUCUUCCAACAAACGAGCGACAUGUAAUUGCAUGUAAAAAUAUUUUAAAAAAUUAGCCUAAAAUUUUUUAGACUAUGACAGCUUUAUUGGUUAUAGAAAUACAAUAAUGUGCUGUUUUGUCAAUA